ACGCGCUUACGGUAGUUACGGCGAGUUCUGCAGUCAAUGUGAAUUUACGGCAACGCCCUCCAGGUUGUAGAAGAAUCGACAAGCAUUUGAAGGCAAUUUAGUCAUUUCAGCAAUAAAAUCACUUCCAUAAAUGGCCUAAACAUGAGAGUAAAGUGGGGCCGGAGAUAUGAUUUUUACCGUGUGCCGGCGAGACAUGAAUGGGUCAGCGGGCCGGUUGAGCUGCUGACUCAGCCUAAGAACACAGAAUCCAGGGCUCCACGUCUUUGACCCCUUCUUCUGCUUUACCAUUUCCCUCCGAUUCUCCUCCAUAAAAUCUCUCCGAUUUCUACUCCUUCCCCCCCCACGCUCUCUCUCUCUAUCUCUCUACUCGUUCCGUCUCCGCGUUGUUUUUGCUUUCUUCGCUGCCCUUUUGUUGCCUUUCUCGCCCCCCUUCUCUUUUCAAUUUUCAUGGCGGCGUCUGCUAAUUAGCAUUGUCAAAAGCCCCCUCUCAGAUUUUUUUCAUUUCUACAUAUAUCAUAUAUGGAAAUGGAUUCUUCGAAAGGUGUAGGCGAAAUCGACGGACAGCUGCCGGUGAAUGAUUUCUCGAAGAACUACGGGAAUCGGCCGGAGGAGACUGGAGUUUUUCGCGGUGAUGAGUUUUCCGCGGAAGAUGGAGGGAAAGAGGAAAAAAUAAUUGGAAACUGCGAAAGAAUAAACGGGGAGUUUGUUGAAGUAGAUACCUCAGGUAUAGAUGACAAGGGAAAUUUUGAAAAUUUGAAAUCCAAUGAAUGCGGGGAAGCCGAGGAUAACGCGAUAGAGUUAAAUACAAAUGAAAAAUUCUCUGUAGUCGAAAUCGAAAAGCGAGAGAUAAAUGGAGAAGAGCACCAAUCGACGAUUAGAGAAGAAAGUGUAGCCAUUAGUCCCAAGCACGGCGGCGUUGUACAUAUUAUCCGUCCUCACGAACAACUGCCCAAGCCCGAAGCCCCGCCAGGCCUCCAGAAAUCUCCUUCGGACGAAGAGGAAAAACAGAGGACGAUGGAUCGAUUGCAUCCUUCGUCGGAAACUUUCACCGUGGAUGUGCCGGCGAUAGGGAAAUUCAUCCGUGAGAGGAGCAACAGCUUCUCGGCCGCAAUCGCGAAGCGGUUGUCGUCGUUGAAGGAGAACAACAACGAUUCGAAGUCCAAUGUGACGGAGUUCAAUCUGUCGGGGCUGAAGGUGAUUGUGCAGCUAAAGAAGGACGAUCCCGAUCUCAAUUUGGUUUUCAGGUCGAAAGAGGUGAAUCUCAAAGGACAGAUCAGCUUCUUCUCGAGAUCGAAUUGCAGGGACUGCACUGCGGUUCGGAACUUCUUCAGAGAGAAGGGAUUGAAAUUCGUGGAGAUCAACGUCGAUGUUUAUCCACUGAGGGAGAAGGAGUUGAUUCAGAGAACGGGAAGCUCGUCGGUGCCGCAGAUCUUCUUCAACGAUAAGCUUUUAGGGGGAUUGGUGGCGCUAAACUCGCUGAGGAACAGUGGGUUGUUCGAGCAGAGGCUGAGGGAAAUGCUGGCGAAGAAGUUUUCCGGUGAUGCGCCGGAGCAGCCGGUGUACGGGUUCGAUGAUCCGGAGGAGGAACGGACGGACGGGAUGAUCGGGAUCGUUAGGGUUUUGAGGCAGAGAUUGCCCAUCCAGGACCGUCUGAUGAAGAUGAAGAUCGUGAAGAACUGCUUCGCGGGGAGUGAGAUGGUGGAGGUCAUGAUUCAGCACCUGGACUGCGGGAGAAGGAAGGCUGUCGAGAUUGGGAAGGAACUAGCAAGAAGACAAUUCAUCCAUCAUGUCUUUGGGGAAAAGGAUUUUGAGGAUGGGAACCAUUUCUAUCGUUUCCUUGAGCAUGAGCCAUUUAUUCCUAGAUGCUUCAAUGUUCGAGGAUCCAUGAACGAUUGUGAGCCCAAGCCUGCUACAGUGGUUAACCAAAGGCUUACUAAGAUAAUGGCAGCGAUACUUGAGUCCUAUGCCUCAGAUGACAGGAACCAUGUCAAUUAUGAGGGCAUCAGCAAAAGUGAGGAAUUUCGGAGAUAUGUAAAUUUAGCUCAAGAACUUCAUCGGGUGGACCUCUUAUCACUUUUGCCGGAUGAGAAGAUGGCCUUGUUCUUGAACCUGCAUAACGCCAUGGUCAUCCAUGCUGUGGUUAGAGGAGGACGUCCAGAGAGGGUAAUUGACAGGAGAUCCUUUUUCUCCGAUUUCCAGUACCUAGUUGGAGGCCAUGCCUAUUCAUUAACUGCAAUUAAAAAUGGAAUCCUAAGAAACAAUCGGAGACCACCCUACUCCUUGGUCAAGCCUUUUGGCACUGGAGACAGACGCUUAGAGUUGGCAUUUCCUAAAAUUAAUCCACUGGUUCAUUUUGGACUCUGCUAUGGGACACGAUCAAGUCCAACAGUGAGGUUUUUCACUCCCGAAGGGGUUGAUGCUGAAUUAAGAAGUGCUGCAAGAGAGUUCUUCCAAAGAGGUGGAAUGGAGGUUGACUUGGACAAGAGGACUGUCCAUCUUACUCGGAUAAUCAAGUGGUUUAAUGUUGAUUUUGGGCCCGAGAAGGAGAUUCUGAAGUGGAUCAUCAGUUACUUGGAUGCAACUAAAGCAGGUCUUCUAAUGCAUCUUUUAGGGGAUGGAGGCCCUGUUAAUAUUGUGUACCAAAACUAUGAUUGGUCUAUGAAUACUUGACCAGUUUUCAUUUGAUCCCAUCAUUCAAACAAAAGAAAAAUUUGGAAAGAGAGUUUGAAGCAAUGCAGAGUAGUGUCUGCAUCAAUGAAAAAUUUGUAUAUAAUACCAUAGGUUUUGGAGAACUUGAGUACCCUGUUCAGGACUCAGGAUUUUGAAAAAUGAUAUAUACAUUUUUUAUUGA